AUGGUGGGCUUGCAAUCUGGAUCUUUGACCGGCUCUAGGCUGUUCGGAGACUUUGCUGCCGAAUGCGGGCACAAGAGGCACGACUUCUCGCAACCGCAGGUCUUGAGUGCCGAUCAGCUCUUCCAGAGUGGCGCCAAGGGAGGUCCGGGAAGCCCUCAGGAUCUUCGCCUGAAGCGAAUCACCAGGAACCAGGCCACCCUUCAAAAGGCGGCUGAAAGCGUCAUCGAGCGGCCCUACCACCUCCGGAAUUGCCUCAGCUCGCCGGACCUCCUCGAUGCGCCUUCCGGGUGCAUCCGCGAUAUCCGCGGGCGGCUGGAACAAGUGGUAGGGGACAAAGCGCGGCAUGCCUUCUUGGAGACCUCCUUCGCACCACCCAGGAGUAAGAUGCGGAAGUCGCGUCUCAGUCGUCUCACGAAAGAGGUCGCCUGGGCGCAGUCGUACAAGCGCCAUUUCGAUCCGGAGCUGGUAGGCUCAUUGAACUUGAUCGGCGCCGGCACCGAUGCGCUGCAAGCCAUUCAGAGAGCUGCCGCCCUCAAGGAUGAAGCUGUCCGGGCCGCCGAGGAGGAAGAUCGCAAGAACUUCUCCAGGAUCGGUGGUGCCAAAACCCGGAUGUUCGCAGCAACUGCGACUGACCUGGUGUCGAUGCCGGGGUAUCGGCCCCCUACGCCUCCCAGGGAACCCGAGGCGAUUGUGAAAGAAGCCAUGACGCUUCUGCACAAGUGGAAGCUCCACCAGGAGAUACGCGUCGCGCCCAAUCUCCUCCCCGGCAUGGCAACGGCCCAUGUGCGAACGCCCUGGACAAACUCCUGGCAGCGAUGGUAUACCUUUACCAGCUUCGAUGGGUUGAUGGUCAGAGUGGAACUUCGUGGACAGGGCGUCUGCGACGCCGACCUGCCCUCACUCUUUCGUCACGUGGGCUUCCGGCUACAGGAAGCAGGUCGUUCCUAUGCCUUGGAUCUAUCAGAUAAUGCAGGAAUCACGGAUUACGGCGUGACAACUAGCCUGGUACCAUUCUUGCGGCAGUGGCCGCAGUGUUCUUCACUGAAGCUUGCUCGGACUGCCAUCGGGGACAUGUCACUGCAGGCAUUGGCUGAUUGGAUGUCCAAUUCUUUCGUUAGCGAGGUGGAUCUCUCGCAAGUUGGUGGAAGCAUCACGAGCAAGGUUGCCGUCGACACGCUGCAAAGGGUAAUCUCUCGACGAAAAGCCUUGCACAAGGACAGUUGUGAUGCGGAUGCCAAACUCUGGUUGUGUUUGGAGCUCAACAGCAUCGAGGGUGUUGAGACAGCUCUUACACAUGCAAAUGUCUGGGAUCGGAGCUGUGCUGGCUGGAAGCGCAGAUCCACAUGUAAAGCCAACAAGAUCCCAGUCAUAGAACUUAGCCUCUAUCCAUCUGUACCCGAGCCGCAUCCAUCUAACCGCGGGAAGGAGAUCUUGUCUAUUCUCAGGGGGAGCUCGUCCACCCGAAGUGUUGUUGAGCCACUCGCCCUGAGUGUGGAUGAGUUUCAGUUGUAUUGCAUGGAAGCACGCGAGGCCGCAGAAGCCGGCGCUGAUCGCAAGAACCACGAGACCUUCGGAAAGGAUUCCGUGGUAGAUGGCUGGUCUUUCGAGAGGAACAUCGAAGCCAACCACCUCUUGAAGAACACUGUCCGAGUCCCAUCAAGGACUGUGGUGACUGUGCUGAAGAAUCCAAAAGGACACGAGUCCCGCGAGAAAGACAAACCUGAAAAGAAAGAGAAGAAGGAGAAGAAGGAUAGGAAGGACAAGCAUGAGAAGCGUACUGACAGCCCACAGAAUGCUGCCAAGUCUGCGGUAGAUGGGGCGGUGCGCUCCAUUCUGAAGAGUACAUCUGUGCUUCAUGCUAGCGACUUCCGCGGCAACGUGAGGGAGUGGCUAGUGGCAAUUCAUCGGACAGGUGGUAACAAGGGUGUUGCCGAGGCUGCAGAGCUGAUUCAUACCACCGUGGCUGGCAAGCGACGCGAAGAUGUGACGAAGUGGACCGGAUAUCUCAGCAAGCUGCUCGAGAGGUUCCACACGCAACUUCGACCCACUGUUGUGCAGUUGCAGUGA